ACAAUGGAAAAGCAAAGAAAUGUAAAACUCACCAAAAAAGUGAUGCGAGAGAAACCAAAAAAGGCUUGAAGUGUAAUGCGUUUGUUUCCUUUUCCUUUAAUAUUUUUAAUUUUUGAAUAAAAAAAAAAAGUGAAAUUCUCAUAAUUUAAUGCAGCGUUAAUAGAAUUGUUAUAAAAAAACUCGACAAUUAACGUUAAGAAAAUGGUUGGUGGCGGCGACAAUGGUGGUAAUAAGAUUGUGGCUACCUUGCGAGGCGAUUUUAAAGUCAUUUCGACGCCUGACGGUGCUUCAAUCACACAAUUGGCCAAUUUAAUGAAUUACAAAAUACGCACUGAAUGUGAUGUUUACAAUAAGCCACCGAAUUCUCUCAGUACUACUGUAGUUGAUUUAGGAAAACAGUUGCUGCAAUUUGCUCGUGACUCGGACUUAAAAGGCGUUAAAAAUGCCUUAUCUCGUGGUGCGCCAUUUACUUCGGAUUGGUUGGGCAUGUCUGCUUUGCACUUUGCUGCUAUGAACAAUCAGUAUGAAAUUUGUCAGGUUUUAUUGAAUGGCGGUAUUAAUAAAGAUUCUAAAACUAAAGUGGAUCGCACUCCUUUGCAUCUAGCCUGUUAUUAUGGAAAUGAAAGUAUUGUCGAACUUUUGUUGUCGAAGAAAUGUCUGACAAAUCCUAAGGAUAUGUUAAAAAUGACUCCCCUACAUUGGGCUGUGGAAAAGCGAUUCAAAACUAUAGUUCGACUUUUGCUAAAACAUAAUGCCGAUGUGACCUUAGCGUCAAAGUUUGGUCGCACACCAGUAGGUUUGGCUGUAUUAACUGAACAGGCUGACAUAUUAGAGGAAUUAGAGGUGGCCAAACAAGCCCAACUCAAUCGUAAAUUCAACGAAGAAAAUGAAAAGGAAACCUCAGAUGCUGUAAAUUCAAUAAUGGGUAUACCUAUUAGCGUAGCGGAGGAAGUAGUGCGUAAAAUUGACAAUGAUGACGAUUUGACAAAUCAAAGUGAUUAUGCUACAACCAAUAUAGCUGAUUUAGAAAACAUUAAAGAAACUGGCAUUUUGGGUGAUUCAACUAUAAAUCUUUUGAAAUCUCAUGGCAUUUCUAUGAUGCCCGAUGAUGAUACAUCUAAAGAUUUAUUUAAUACUGCCUUACAGAAUGGUCGCCAACUGAUUUUAUCAGAAGGCGGUAAAUUGCUGCUAAAUGAAACCAAGAAAAUACAAGAUAAUCAAAAUCCUAACAAUAACAGCAUAAACCCUAACAGUAACAGCAAUAACCUUAACAACAACAAUAGUAAUAAUAACAAUAAAUGUAAUAUUAGCAACGACAUUAAUAACAGCAAAACUAUAGUACCUGUACGCGUCCAAAAUGAGAAUUUAAAAAAUACAAUAACUCAAAUACCGCCUCAACAACAGUUAAAUAAAGGGAAGCCGAAUAUUCUGUCAAGAGUUAAAGACAAUACAUCAAUCAAUAAAAAUAAGAAUAUCCGUAUUAUGUCUUUUAAUGAUUUUAGAAAAUUUUGUGGUAAUACAAACGUAAAAACUUUGCAACAGAUACCAACUUCAUUAGCAAGCAAUCGCUUAGUAAAGAUAGAACCAGUGCAUCCUAAACAGCAGCAACAACAGCAGCAUAUUCAGCUGCAGAGAAACAUUGGUAACAACGCUACCAACCCAAGCGCCAACUCCUCUACGUUUGUUGAAGACAACAUAAUUGACGACAGUGUUUCCGUAAGCAAAAUUGGAACAUUAGAGAGUGUAGAAGUCGAAAUGGAAAACUCCAAAUCACCACCGCCACUGAAAAUAAUACAACCACUCGCAGUUCGACAACAACCUAUACGUGUCGGUAUACCCCCUAGACAAAUAGAGCAAAUUGGUAGCGUACAAAUACGGCAGAUUGCAAAGCCGGCAAUUAAACAGUAUGGGAACAUCAAUAGAGCCAGUAACGGCGGCGAUACGAAACCGUUUACUAGCGGCAAUAGUCCUCUGAAUAGUUCUGCUAAUAAAAUACGUCCGUCUACAGUUGUACCUUUACUAACCUUGCCGGAAAUUUGCCGUCAAUUGCUGGAGUUGCGUAAACAAAACGAGGAGCUUAAACGAAAUUUCGAUUUGGAAAAAAAAGAAAAAGAAGAGAUUAGCCAACGUUUAGAACGUUUAGAGGAAUUGUUAUUAGUAGAACGAACGGAUGAAGACUUUAUCGUAUCUUAGUUCGUAAAAGUAUAGUAACUAUAGGUAUCUUCAUGAUGCGUCGAAAAGGAAAAAAAAAACAGCAAAGAAACUGAGUUUAAUAUUUGCUGUUUAACUGUUCCGACAUAUCAUGCAGACGCCCAAUAUGUGUAAGUAAAAUCAAAAUGAAGUUUAUUAUUA